AUGUCUGUCGGCGUACGAGCCGUCGCGGAUCGUAUUGUCUCGCCAGACGCUCCCCGUGAUCCCAGCUUCAACUUCUCCUUCAGUCCGUUCCUCGCAAAAACCUUUAGUUUUGGUCUCGCCUCAGACGUGCCUGUAUGCAAAGCCUAUCGAGAAGGCCACUGCCCUCUAGGCCCAACAUGUCCGGACAGACACCCUACCCCGUCUCGGAUCUCCUCCGCCACAUCCCCCGCAAUCUCCGCCUCUACCCAUGGCACCCUCGUCUGCAAACACUUCCUCAAAGGUCUAUGCAAAAAGGGCAUCAAGUGCGAGUAUCUACAUGAGUAUAAUCUACGACGAAUGCCCGAGUGUCAGAAUUUCGCUCGUACCGGAUAUUGCCCCAAUGGUGAUGAAUGUCUCUAUCAACACGUCCCCGAGGAGGCCAAGUUACCACCUUGCGAACACUACGAGAGGGGAUUCUGUGAGCUAGGCCCACUGUGUGCGAAGAAACAUGUGCGCAAGAAGCUAUGCCGGUUCUAUCUGGCUGGAUUUUGCCCCGAGGGCCGUGCCUGUCUUGAAGGUUCACAUCCUCGGUGGCCCGAUAAUUUGCCAAAGCCAAUGAUCAAAGUGGCGAAGACGGAGGCGGAUUUGGAACGGGAGAGAGCGAGGAUAAGGGAGGAGCAGGAGAAGGAGGAAGAGAGGGAGAGGGAAUGGAGGAGGGAGAAUCGUGGUCGUGAUGGUCGGUUUGGUAGAGGGCGGUACAGAGGGAAGAGAUGA